AUGAAGUCGCUAACCAUCCUCUUUGCAAUCUCGGCGGCGGUUGCCAUUUUGGCCGCAACAAUUCGGGCCGACUUCGACGAAGAACCCCAUGUUCGAACCAACCAAGCUCCGUUGCGUCGAUUCCUGGCUUGGCGGUACCCGAAACACGGCAUGACGUGCGACAGGUUUCCGCGUAUUUGUCGUCGAGAGAAGGGGAGUCCGGGGCCGGAUUGUUGCAGGAAGAAAUGUGUUAACGUGAAGAAAGAUCGGUUCAACUGUGGGAUGUGCGGUUAUAAGUGCAAGUACGGUGAAAUAUGCUGCAGAGGGCAAUGCGUGAAUGCUUCGUUUGAUAAAAGAAACUGCGGUGGGUGCAAUAACAAAUGCAAAAGGGGCGAAUUAUGCGUUUAUGGGAUGUGCAAUUAUGCUUGA